CGUUCCCAGACCCUGUACGCGUGCUUUCUUCUUCUCCAGAAGUUCCAGUGACCCAGAUCGCUAAAACACAGGAGAAAAUCGCGACCCGAGUCCGGCAACUCUUGUCGUGUCGUCUUCUGUCUCUCUCCUUUAUCCUCUCCGUAUGGGAAUAGUGUAGGUGUCGAAAUAUCGUCGCCUCUUUGUCCUUGGUUUAUAAUCCAAUGCCCAGCCUUUCAAUACCGUUGAGGAUGGUACCAAUUUCAGCUAUUAGCAACCUUAUCUCCAAGGAACUCGAAAUUCGAAUUCAUCCAGUUUUCCCUCUCAAAAUUUGCCCGUUUCCCCCCUUAUCUCAGCACCAAUUUCUUCUAUAUAAGCUCUCAUCUACCUUUAUUGAAGGGAGGAUUUUCGAUCUGAUAAGACAUACCUCAAAUGACUUCAAAAGUUUAAGGACAAGAGUUCAAACAAAUAUAAUUUUCAAUUUUUUGAAUUCAUCAGAAUCUUGUGUAGUUAAAGUCCGUGGUGGAUGUUGCUUCGUAGUCAAGCUUGUCGUCCCGGAGCGCUGCUCCAAUAUAGUUCAACAAGUGAGUAAAUUUAUGCAGGAUUCAUGCCAUCUACAUUUGGUGGCAAACUGUUGCAUCAUUCGAUAUUUCCUGGGAAGAUCUCCUCGUGGAUGUCCUGAUACUCGUCGCUACGUCAUGGGUUGGUGCAGGUUUCUUGGAGAUUCCUUGAUAUUUUGGAAGGGCAAGAAUCAAGACCGUGUAUCAAAAUCUUCCACCAAAAAUGAAUAUCGAGCAACGUCUACAGUUUGCUAUGAGAUUGUUUGGAUUCGUGGUUUACUUGAUGAAAUUGGAUUUCCUCAAUCUAAUUUCACUCCUCUCGAUACUGACAAUGCAAGUGCUAUUCAAUUGCUACUAAUCCAGUUUAUCAUGAAAGGGCCAAACACAUUGAAGUAAACUGUCAUUAUAUCAGAGAAGUUGUAGAUAAGAGUCAUUACUCUUCCACAUGUAUCUAGUGAUCUUCAAAUAGCCAAUGUGUUUACAAAGUCUAUAGCACGACAACAUUAUCAGCUUCUUGAAGGAAAA